CACGUGUCAUCGGAAAUCUGACCCUAGCCGUCGCACUACACCGGCGACCGCGAGCAACUCCGCCUCCCAUCGCCCCCUGACCAACAAAUCUCGACCGUACUCCGCUCGUCGACCCCGCCGCCCUCGGCUCGCUCUGGUCCGUCUCGUCCCACCGACGGCACCCACCCCGUCGCCCUCGGCUCAUUCUAGUCCGGCUCGUCCGACCGACGGCACUGACGCCGCCGCACUCGGCCUCGUGCUCCACGUGUGGCUCCUCCCGCCGACGCCACCGCCCUCGGCUUGCCCUGGUCUGGCUCCUUCCACCGAUGGCACAGACGACCCCGCCCUCGGUUAUCUUCAAGUGCUGCACAUCCGGCAAGGGUAUGGCUGUCCAUUGAGCAAAACAAUGCAAAAUAUACAAGUGAGAAGUUGGAGUUGGCAGCUUAGCGUUCUUGUGGAGUUGGGAGUUGAGAAUUUGGAGGAGUGGAGGGUUGCUGAACAGGGCUUCAUCAAUCGUCUCGAUCUGAUCCAUGGACGCAGUGAUGGGGGACGUGGGGCCCAACCCCGGAGAAGAUGGGACCGGGGCGUGCGUUUCUGGGCCCGGCGCUGGUGCCGUGCUGUCGGUGUGCGCGCCGACCUCCUCCCCGACCUCCUGCAGGGUAGUGUGACAGUACAGGGCUGCCCCGAAGAAGAAGCUGUUGCUGUUCUCUGCAUGCCUUUGGCGACUUAGGCUAUGAAGUUCGUGGGCACAUCCAAUUCCAUGUUCCUGAUACCACCUGGCAAAGCAGUUGCGCCAAGCCUAAGACCUGACCACUCCAAUGAAGAUGCUACUGUCGCCAGCGAUGCGUCCGUUUCGAUAAUCAAAGUUGCACCUGGUAGCAUCGAAUUAAUCUGAAUGGCUCUGCAGCUCGACAAACUAAGUAGCCUUCUCAGGGAGAGGGCAUAUGUGCUUGAUGAGGAUCUUGGAGAUGGCUUCGGACAUAAGAAGGGACUCUGCACGUGGCAAUUUCUCUGUGUGCUUGUUCAGUCCAGCGACAGAGAGCUGGUGGAUGGGCUGAACUCCCUUUCGGCUGUUGAGAUUGAUGGGUUCUGGAGGAUAGUGGAUGUCAAUUCUGUGAACACGGUUCUGGACAUGAUUGAUGAUUCUGCACUACUCCUUGUUGCAUGACUGGUUGUUAAAUGCUAUGCCAGAAAAUGCUGUGCUAUCUGUCAUGGAAUCUGACGGUUUUACCCGUAAGAUUGUAACCCACUGCCUCGGCACAUUCGGCAUGAAGGUUGAGCAGGAAGCAGGAAGUUGUUGGAGGCUUGAUGAGAGACUGGUAUGCUUGCAGUUUGCCUGAAGAGCGCUCGGCGCGGGAAAGAUGAAACUCGACAGCUUCAUGGAGAUAUGGGAAUGAAGCAUUCCUUCAGGAAUGCGUGCAGAUCUUCAGAUGCUUGAAGGGGAAGUGCUAUAUGAAAAGCUUGGGGCUGAGACCUGGGCGCAGACAGUUAAGUUACCUGAAUUUAUUUUCAGUUUUGAUUAUACGCAGUAUCUGAACCUGGGUGCAUUGCACACCUGUCGUACAUUUACAGUAUGUCCUAAUUUUAACAUGUACAAGGCUUGUCCUAGCUAGUCAUGUUUUUCAGAUGUUAUCUUGAAUAAUUUAUUUAUGCCCACAGAAUGAAUAGCAGAGGAAGGCAUGGUAGGUGUCCGAAAACUGAGACUGCAUCGCAGGUUGGGCCGGCAGCAGCGAACCUCUGUUGUGGGAGUUGAUUAAGAUCUUGUUCCGACACGCCGUGUGAUUCAUAUGAAUAUUCUAACAAUUCACAGUAACUUGUUCUGAACACGGCUGAUGUUUUGAGAUUUAAAUGAACAACAGAAUCCAUUGUUAUAUGAACAUAAAAUUCUGAACAUGGUUUAUUCAAGUCAUGCCCAUCUUGUUGUGAGGAACAAGCAAUUGCUUUGCCUGUUAUAUUCGCUGGAAGAGGCCAGAAACUUCACAUGUUAUAUUCUUGCACACACAUAGUUUUUUUUUUGAGAAGCACAAACAUAUAGAGACUAGUAAUGUUGCACGUUUCUGUACUGUAUACUAUCGAAAUUAAACUUUUCAGUCCAAAAAAGUAAAAAGCACAUCUACACUGACACAAUAUAAUAUAAUCAGGAAACAUUGCAAGCUGAAAAACAUAUCUAACAUGUAAAACUCUGGGUUGACGCUGAAGUAUGAAAAUGAAUUAUGGCAAGAUCGAGCACAGGGCACAGAGCUUGAAUUGAAUUGCUUUUCCAAAUUUUCUUCGGAUUCUGAAUUUCUUGCCUUGAUUAGGUGGAUUUUAAAUUUAUAGCCACAGAUUGCUUACCAUGUAUACUGUCGAUCGAAACAACUGCCUUUCAAGGGUAUUUGUUGUCACAAGUAAAAUACACCUCUAACUGCUUAUGAGUGUAAAAGGUUACUCUGUUCCCAAACGUGGCCUUAAGAAGAUUUUGUGUGGCAAAUGAUGUUCAAUCCCAUGGUGACAAGAUACAGCAUGAUGAAGAGGCAUUAGCCUGGCAAUGAUCCACACAUUUUCUUUUCUGACCAUGAGUCUCUUAAUCACCUGAUCUUUGGCUGUGUUGUCUCCAAAGACCAUCCGGUGAUUGUUUGUGGACUUCAACUUCCCCUUAGAAUGUUUAGCAACAAAUUGUGGGUUGGUAGGUUCCACAGGUUUAACUCCAAUAUGUUUCAUCUGUACUCGAGGAAAUACAGCUCAUUUUGAAAAAGAAGAAAGGAAGGUGAUUAAAUCACGUAUGCGUCCUUUACACUGCUGCUUGUUUGCUUUGCUGGGCAGAUCUUCACCUGGGCCUGGGAGACAAAAAGGACGUUGUCAUUUUACAGUACAUUUUAUUCCUGUCUGUCUAGCUAUUGUUCUGAACAUGAGUUAGUUCCAUGGGGGAUGAAUGGCGCUGUAAUCUGGCUUUCUUGGUGUUGAUAUUCAGUAAAUAUGACUGUUCCAGAUCGUAUUAUUAGUGAGUGCAGCUGGUCAAACUUUCUUCACUGGUGCAACAUCUAUUUGAUCUUAUUCCUUAUGUAUUUUUGGGAAGUAUAGCCCUUGAGCAAGCUAUUUCUAUUUAUGUAUGCUACAGUUAAGGAAUUCAGGUUUCUGAUGUCCAUGAAUUCAGUAAGAGCUUUGUAUCUUUUAACCAGAGAUAGUGCAUUAAUGACCAAAACAAAAAAGUGCAUCCAUGCGGAAAUGUUUUCUUGCUGGGUCAUUUUUGUUAUUCAUCACUCAGUCAUCAGGUCAGAAACAAAAGGUUCAUAUCCUGUAGGCUUGCGGGUCACACAUGGAAAAAAGAUUUUUGCAGGGGCCAGGACAGGAUAUUUGCAUCUCUGCAUGGUUGUAAGAAUCAUCUUUAGAAAAUGAAUAAGAAAAGGAAAAAGAAUAAAGCAGCACGUUGCUUCAUGCUUUGGCAAAGAGGAAAAGGGCAGCAUGAAGCAAAGGGCUCUAUGGCCAGUGUGAAGGCAACAAGCAAAGAAUCUUAGAUGCUUUAAUCAGGGUGAGGAGGCAAAUUUCUGGGGUCCAUUGCGUGCUUCUAGCUUCGGAGCGCGAACUGGAAUUGUUGCAUAUUUCCAUUUCUACUCUAAUCUGGCGGUGCACUAGCUGACUAGCAGUGUAGCAUAAGUUGAUCGGACUAUUUCAGAAAUUUCAGUCCAAGUUUCUGUGCUUCAAACUGCUCUUCUCCUGUUGAGGGGCUGGCAAGAAAUCUUCAGUGAUGGGUUAGAUUAUUAAAUUUUCUGCUGCUUCUCUCCUGGCCUUCGGCAGAGGAAUUCAUCAUGAGUCUUCCUAAAUUGGAGAUAUUUGCGAAAGAUGUUGAUGAAGCGAGAGAGGAGAUAUUUCGAGUUCUUCCAAUGAUGGACCGCAGUGUAAGGAUCAUCUAUUUUGAUGGUUGGGGUGGAUUUGGGGCGUCGGCAGUUCUGCGAUCCAUAGCGAAAGUGCUUCCGUCUGUGAGAACUGCUCCAGAACUAUGCUUUGACAGAACAAUUUAUAUAGACUGUUCAGAGUGGAAAAGUGGAAGAGCAAUGCAGAGAUUAAUUGCAGAGGAACUGAAACUUGACCACUCAGUGAUGUCCAUCCUAGACAAGCAAGAUGAAGAGGAUGAUUUUAGUGGAGUUGACGAAAUUUCAAGGGAUGUAAUAGAACGUGUUGGGCAAAUGAUUGAUCAAACCCUGAGGGGCAGCAAAUUUAUGAUGAUUUUUCUUAAUGGAAGUGAUGUUGAGUUUGACAUAGGCGCCUUUGGUCCCCCAUUUGCAAGAUUUGGCGACAACAUGAUGAUAUGGACCUUCAAAAGAAGAUUCCUGACCAUGAAUCACUGGUGUUCCGAGAUAGCAGACAAGCUAAGAUACACUCACACUCUUUCUUGUGUCCACCCUAUGAUCACAGAACGACUAACAAGUUCAGAGUUUCAAGCAAUACUACGUGAAGAGGCUGCUGCCAUAGUUGCUCGGAGUCCAUGUAUGCUGGACAUCGACCCAACAAUGGUUGCAGAUUGUUGUCUCUAUCAGUUAUUCCUGCAUUGUAACUUCCACACCUUUCAAUGGGUUGCUCAUGCUUCCAACUGUUGGAUGUGCGAUGGGAUCAUACAAGGGGACAGAGCAAGGGAUAUCAGUAUUGCAUUGCAUGGAAAGUUAAAUUGGGAGCGUGGUGCUCCUUUGGUUAAUGGUGUGCUUAGGAAGUUCAUGAAACAUACGGAGCCUCCUUUUCUGAUACUUCAAGAUGAUGAUGUCUAUGAAGAAGGGCCAUACCGCUGGAUUUCAGUCACAUCGAGGAAUACGAAAUUACAUGGUUUGCAAACUAUACCUGCAGCGGCAUCAUCUUUCUUCUUGGCAUUUGAAAGAUCGGAUUACCCAAUUCCGUUGCCACAUGGCUUGUUUGAGCAUUCCAACAACCUUGGUGUGUUAGUUCUCUGUUGUUGUGCCUUCAGUUUUGCAGCACCUCCUUUCCUGAAAAGCCAUCGCCUAAGAUUCCUUGGACUGGACUGUUGUAUAGAUGACCAAACUGGUGACGGAGAGGAUCAUACAGAGUGGACAAGUUUGUAUAGCCUGUGGGUGCUACACCUUUCUUACACAGACUGGAAUGAAAUAUUAUCUGAAGAAAAGAUGGAUCUCAUGACUAAUAUCAAAGAGCUCAAUAUAGAGGGAACAAGGUGUUGGCAGUACACCGCUGACUUGCAAGGGCGGCUACCUAACCUUCUAAGGCUCCGAAUAAUCAAACCAACAUGUCAAUGGGAGACAUCCAGGGAUGCUGGCAACUCCUUUAUGGAUAAGACAAGGAUAGAGAUACUUGAUUUAUCAGGUAACACUGAGAUGGAAGUUGUGCCAACAAGCCUAUCAAAGGCGAGUGGACUUCGAGUGCUUGUACUUGAUGGUUGUGAUGGGGUGGAAAACAUUGAUGGCCCUGGUGGGCUUCCUUCGUCCAUUGAGUCCUUCAGCUUUGAUGGUUAUGGCCCAGCUUUUGAAUGGACACCAAGCAUUGAACUACCUUUCAAACAUUUCUGUCCACCUACGACAACAGAAACAAAUAAUAGGGAUAUCAAAGUCUCCAAGAUCUCCUUAGCAGGGUGUAAACAGUUGAAAAAUCUGUUUCUGCGUGGGCUACCCAACCUCUUGGAGCUGGACCUCUCUGGAACUGCAAUCAAGAUACUAGACUUCGAAACUAUGGUGGUGCAAGUCCCAGGGCUCAAGCGGCUAUUUCUUAUUGGAUGUGAGCACCUUCGUGCAAUAAAUUUUCCAGGCAAGAGUGACUUUGAGAGAAAUCUGGACCUAGAGCUGCUGUACAUAGACACACGACCUGGAGCUGCGUGUCAUCGCUCAACUAUUGAAGAGAACAAUUCCUCCCAGUUGCAGGUGAAUGCUAUAAUAACUGAUGCAAGGCUAGUCCGGUCAUUGCACUCUUUAAUAUAUUAUGGUAUGAAUAGCCCCAGAGAUGUUUGUUUUGAUAUCCAAGUCACCUCCUCACCUGUGUCUGUUGGGCCUGUUCAAUCGGAAGCACCAUGCAGUGAUAAGAUUGGUCAUUCUGAAGAAGAGAGCCUGAAUCUGCAGCUUGUUCCAGCACACCGAUACAGCGAUGUCAGUAGCAUGAUUGGUGAUGCCUCACUCCCAAUGCAGGCUUUCCCGCCUCCGCCUAUGAAGUUGGAUCGGCAUGUUGAGAUCGCUGAAGGGAGCCAUUUCUUGGAGAGCGAGUUGGACAAAUAUCGAGGUCUAGGUGGCCUGAUGGAUUUAUACGCUGAAUCGCUGCACGUGCAUGAUGUCCCGGUAUGUGCUAUUGUGCCUCCUCCAUUUUGGGGGAACAAGCUUAGGCACUUCUGCGUUGAGAGGUGCUCCAAGGUGGACGCCGUCUUCCAAACGAGCCCGGACGGAUUGCUGGAACUAGAGACUUUAUGGGUGUCGCAUCUCCUAAUGGCCCGUUGGAUCUGCAGUAAAGGCUACCACUGCACCGGUGGUACUUUCAGAAGUUUGCAGCACCUACAUGUGCGCUCCUGCCCCAGCCUCCAGUUUGUGCUCCCGGUGUGGUUCCCCUCCUUCCCUAGCUUGAAGACACUAUACAUUAUCCACUGCAGCAACCUCAAGCACAUCUUCACACUGGACAAUGAGCACCCAGAAGAAAUAGCCGUCCAGGGUAUACUAUUCCCAAAGCUGACCACCAUCCACCUUCAUGACCUACCGGAGCUGCAGCAGAUAUGCGAGUUCAAGAUGGUGGCUCCGGCAGUCAAGACCAUCGUGAUCAGAAGAUGCUGGAACCUGCGUCAUCCGCUGCUGGUUGUGGGCACCGAUGACAUAGAGAUCGAGAAGGAUGUCUGUCUCGAGGUGGAUGUUGGCCACCACCCUGACCGUUGGACGCCCCGAUACAAGAAGAAACUGCCCAGGGUCUCCGUCCUUAGGUGAAUUCUGCACCGAUGUGUUUCUUCCACCGUGACAUGGGACGUGGAUGGAUGGUUGUGCUCCUAUGGUUGCUGCUGCUGCUGCUGCAUGCGCUUGGCUUCUUCGUGUGCUCCCGUGGAUAGCCAGACACCUCCAGGUUCUUGACCGGCUGUUCAAUGCAAAUAUGGAAGGAAAAGCUUCAGCCUUCAGGUGCGUCGGCCCUCAUGCGGGAGACCCCCUGUUACUGCUUUUGUGGUGUGCUGUUGUGAUAGGCGUGAGCUUUUGGUGGCUCUCGCCUACCUUUGUGGCUCUGGAAUAAGAAGCUGACCGGUAUGUGCUUGUGUCUACAUGCCUGGACCAUGCCGAUGUGCGUGGCUUUGCUGCUGAGUUGGCUUGCAUCCACCUCGCCGCUUGCGCGCUUGUGUGGAUUGUUUGAUACACCAGUAGUAAUUGAGCAGCCUGUACUGUAUCUAUGUGGCUGCAGUGUGAGUGUGAGUCUGGUCCUCUCCUCUUACGAGUGUUUGCCAUGAAUGUAUUUGAAAUGAUCUGAGAAGCAUCUGUGUGUGCCAGUCUGUGUGUUUGUUAAAUAUGAGCUUGAAAUCAAGAGCUACCUGUGAUUAUGAAGUUGGUCGUGAUAUUUGUUAUGUGGUUGCAAAGCAUAAUUUGCCAUUUUGGUGUUCA